GUUUUUAUUUCUUCAAAUGCUACGAAAAGACAGUUCUUACAGAGAAAUAUCCUUAACGGACUCAAUAGAGCAGAAAUCAUUUUUAAACUUAGCCAGAAAAUCAUCUAAUGCUGAUUUGAAAGGAAAAACACCCUUAGGUGCCAAAAGCAAAGAUAAUAAGGAGAAUUCCUCUGCAAGAAUUCAUUCUGAUACACCUCCAUAAGACUUUUUUUUUAAAAGAGAAAUCAUAAAAUCAGAGAAAUAAUUACCCAAUGAAAAAAUUGCUAUCUAUAAUGAUGCAUCAAGAUUUUAAUCAUCCAAAACAUAUAUGGAAUGUAGGAUGGAAUAAUUAGAAUAGCGUAAGAAAACCUAAAGUCCAUAGUUGUUAUCCAUGACUCCUGUUUAGAAUAAAUAAAUCAUUCAAGAAAGUUACAAUCAUCUUCAAUAACCAUAAUAAUAAUAGUAAUAAUCAGUUUAAAGUUCAAUUAACUUAACUAGAAAGGCUUCUGUUGUUCCUUCACGAGGUUUAUCUACUUUUUCUUCCCCAACUCCAAAAGAGGGAGAUUUUAAUAUCUAUAAAUAACAGAGCAGUAUACCAGCAUCAUAUUUAGAUGCAGUUGUUACUCAAAGAAAUAAUAAAAAUUGUACUGCCUCAGAACAAUAAUAAUAAUAGUAAUAAUAAUAACAAUAAUAAUAAUAAUAAUAAUAAUAAUAACAAUAAUAAUAAUAAUAAUAACAAGAAUAUAAAAAUCCAUCUCUCAAAUUAUAUUACAUUACUUCAUUGAUUAAAGCCUUUAAAAUGAAAGGCCCAAAUUCAGCAAAAGAACAUCUCAUUCACAAUAUGCAGGUAAAAUUCAAUAAAAAUAAUUUAAGGGAAUCAUUAUUGCUAAGAAACUUAAAGUACCCCCAGUUAAAAAGGCUAUAACUUUGCCAGCAACUGAUAAAAAAACUCUUUUGUUUGAUCUUGACGAGACUUUAGUUCAUUGUAACUCAAAUAGUUUUAUACCUGGAGAUGUUUUACUCAAUAUCAAUCAUGAAGGAGAGAAAAUGGAAGUAUAUAAUGCUUUUAUAUAAAUUAGGCUUCAUUAAAUAUUAGACCUUAUACAUCUCAUUUAUUAUAGUCGUUAAGUAGAAAUUUCGAAUUGAUUGUGUUUACUGCUUCUCAAUCACAUUAUGCUAAUGCAGUGAUAGAUUAUUUGGAUCCAUAGAAAAAAUGGAUAAGUCAUAGAUUUUAUAGAGAACAUUGUAUACCUACAGAUGAUGGACAUUUUAUUAAAGAUCUUCGUAUUUUUACAACUAGAAAAUUAAGUGAUAUGUUGUUAAUUGAUAAUGCACCUCAUUCAUAUCUAUAUUAGAUAUAAAAUGGUGUACCAAUCAUUCCUUAUAUAGAUAAUAAAUCAGAUGAGGUAAUUAUUGUGUAUUAUUUUAGGAAUUGAAAUCUUUAUUGUAGUAUUUGAUGUAAUUUAAGAACGUUAAGGAUGUGAGAGAUUUGAAUAUGUAGUAAAUGAAACUAUAUCGUUUUUCUGAAUAUGAUGACCCUUAAGAACUAUUAAAAUGUGAAUUUAAUGAAUACUAAUUAUAAUCCGUUUUAUUAUGAU